GCCUUCCUCCUCCUCCUCUUCACACACUCUCCACGGGCUGCGUCAUCACUCGGGAAGGUGGGUGUCUGUGCAAAUGAUGUAACACUCCUUACAUGGGAGGCAGACAGACAUGAGCAGGAGGAUGGGGAUGGAUGGCACUGAAAGCCUUCUGGGAAAUGGAGUUUAUUGACGUGGCAGCAGCAUGCUGGUGCAGGAAGCAGGGAAUCAACUGGCAUUGAAUGGUAAGCUGUUGUGAGACGUUUUCAAACAUACAAUACAUUUAUAGGGUGUUCUUUCUCCACUGGCAGUCCAAUAGACAAAAUUAUAGCAGGGCAUUUACCCAGAAUGCCCUGCACUCUAGUCAAGCGGUUUGGCGUUCACAUAUGCACUAAAACCACACCAGAGUUCACUUCAACCAAAGAGGGUUGAGGCCUUAUGGACUUGCGGGGAUUGGAGGGUUCUGCCGACCCUGAUGAGAUGCUGCUCUGGAUUGAAGCCCAUAUCACCCAGAUCAGAAACCACCACUGUGUCUGUGCUUCAACAGGCCUGGGUCAAAUAAUCAGAUCAUGAGCAGGAUAACAUCAGACAACAAAUAGCAUCGUGAAGUGCAAGUACCACAGCAGGCAGGUCAGGGAGGACGUUAUGAAGGAGUUUAAAGGAGUUAGGCUGUAAAGUUAUAUCCUGAGAUAAUAAAGUUACAUGCAACAAAAUGGGAAAUGUUCACCACAAAUACAAACCUUCCAAUUCACAGGCUCGCCAAAAAGAGAGGUAAAGAAUAUGAGAGAAGUCCAUGAUUACUGUUGAGAAAUUGCAGAACUUUUGGUAAGAAAAUUUUGCUGAGAGUUCAACAAUAAGUUGCUUGAUCUUAAAAUCUGACCCACAUGGAGGAAUGGCAAGAAGAAAGACAUUCUAAAUCUAAAACAUCCCAUGCCAUAAGCUCCAUGGACAAAACGCUCAACCUGGGGAAGAAGCUGGUCUGGUCAGAUGAGACCAUAAUUGAAGUUUUUGGCAAACACAAGUGGAGGAAAAUGAGCCAUGUAGAUCCCAGUGAGUUUCAGAUUUAAUGGGAAGAUGAUUGGAGCUACAUUCAGUUGUGUCCUGAAAAACAAAACUGUUUAUUGGAUGAAAAGGACUUGAGCAGGAGCAGAACUUCACCUUUCAGCAGAACAAUUAGAACAAUUUAGAUGAAUUUACUGUCAUAUGUUAAUUUACACUCUUAAUGCAGUUCAGUUCAGACUUACCAAAAAGUAUUUGCAGCUAACAUUGAGGUGAUGUCAUAUUUUGUUGGUCUGUGGCAUAAAAUUACAAUACAAAACAUUGACAAAAAAUAAAAAAGACUCAGGGUUAGAAAUACUGACUUGUAAACCUCUAUGAAAGAUUUCAGCUUGAACAACUACUCACUAGAAUAUUUAGUAUGUCUCAUUUUAUUUAAAAUGUUGAUUUUAAGCCUCUUUUACAACUCUGGGUCAUCGAGAGUUGUCUUCGUUUGAUUUUGAUUUAGAUUAAACUAGAAAAUUUGAUCAACUUAAAAUCAUCUCAUGGAUCUUUCUAUUGUGAUUGUUUACAUAUAAAAAAGUUUUGUUUGUAUUGUAUGUAUUUUGAUCUAGAGAUAUUUUGAUUUUAGAUUCUAAAUCUGAGUUUUUCUCACAAUGCUUUCUUUCUCUCCCGACCUGCAACUUUAGCUGUUACAAAACAGCUCCACCUUCUGGUCAGAAUUAGUAAAGAAGCCGUGGGACUGUUAGUGAAAACCUGCAUGAAUGAAACUUAAGAAAGACUGUUCCAAUACAAGCAUUAAUUAGCUGCACUUUCUUUGCUUCUUUCGCUUCUGGGGAAAUUCAUGCGUUUCAGUGCAAACGUUUAACCUGAUAAAACAAAACACAGAGGAAUUAUGCAACACAUUAGGAUAAGCAUGUUCUGAACUGUUUCAUUCAAGUUUCGGGUGUCCCAUAUUUGAUGUGACUGUGUGUUAAUGUUUGUGUUCCCAAUAAACCCUCUGGAUUAAACAGAAAAAUACUGAUCAUCCUUAAAUUCCAUUGUCUCUCAUUUAAAAUCUGUAUGAAAAAACUACAAGAACACAAGUACAAAAACUAUGCAUCCAUCUAUUCAUCCAUUUUCUUGUGCUUUUCCAGAUUCAGCCUAAACAGAGAGGCCCAGACUUCCCUCUUCUCAGCAAGAUAAAACAUACAAAAAAAAUCUGGCAGCCAAGAAAAUUAGAGUAAAUGUGAAAGAAACAUUUCCCAACUUUUCUCAUUGUCCAUUUGUUGUAAGGUCAGACAGUGUUAGUGCCAAAGGAGCCUUAGGAACAGUUUCCGAGCUCUCUCUAUUCUGAUGGAUCUCAGUGACAUUAUUCUUCAGAUUGGGGUAUGACCUGGGUUUUCUUAGCAUAAUAGCCGACAUCCUGUUAUCAAGGUUUUGUUUAAAUGGCUAUUUGAAUCUAGAGGCCUAUAGCCCAAGUGGCUAAUGCGCUUAGUAUAAUAUGGGGCAAAUAAUUAUUAGAAAAGGAUGGAUUUGAGUUUUGAAUAAGAAAAUAAUCUGAAAAAAUACCUGACUUAAAAUCAAAUUUGUUUUGUGACAUUUAAAUCUGACAGUGAAAUCUCUAGGGCAGACAGGGAAGCCUAAAUACUUUCUCACUAAUUACAAUUUGAACAGUACUCUGAGUGCUUUUCUUUUGGCACCUAAAUUUCAAGUUUCAUCAGCGUAAGUGGUUUUGGUCUGCUUGGCCAACAUUACCCCAUCUGGCAAUGUCUUACAAAAGUUUCUGGAGUUUGUGGAUGCGCUGCUGCUCAGAGCGAGGCCACAGAAAAAUGGAGCAAAGCACAAAAAUCCCCAAAUUUUGCAGCGCUCUAAGAAGCCACAAGGUAGUUUAUUUUUACAUUGCAACUGAAAUGUGUGGUUUGCAGACUGGGUAGCAUGAUUUGUGUGAAAUAAACAGCAAGCUUCAUAUAUUGUGCAUUUAUUUGAUGCACUCCUGUUAUUUUGGGGGUGCAUUUUAUUUUUUGAUGACAAAAUGUCAGCAACUGUUACCAGCUCUUUUGUGGGAAUGUUUUUGCUUGAACAUUGGCUUGUGGGGAAAGGUUGACGUUUAGAAAAUCUGGUUCUGGUUGGAUUUUCUCGAUAGUUACAGAACAAGUCUAUUUGAGGUUUCUGUGGGGGAAAAAAGCACCAAGCUGAGCUGCACCCUAUUCAAUGUUCAGUUGUGUAUUGUUUAAAAUGUUCACAUAUUCUUAUCCCUAGAAAAGAAAUGUAUUUAUUUUCACUUAAAAAACAAAAAUGAAAAUUUUUAAGAAAAUUCCAGCUGAGCUUAAAACUAGGCCUAAUAACUGGGAUUAAUCUCUUUAGCUCUUGCUAUUAAGAGCAAAAAGAACUUUAGUGAGUAACCACUACUAGACUGAAUAAAGUUUGCUCCACUUUUCUCUUUAGGAUGUAACAUUAUAAAAAAAAAAUUAUGUUCAGUCAAUUUCAAAUUAUAGCAUCUCAAUAAGAUCCAGAUCUGGGAUUUGACCCGACCCAGGAUUUUCCAUUUUUGAAUUCUCAGGUAGUCUUUGGUGGAUUUAUUGGUCUGUUUUGGGUCAUUGACCAUACUGAAAGAUCUGGUUCUGCUUCAGUUUUAUUUCUUUCACAUUGUAUAUUUUCCCCUUAUAUAAGUGCACUAUGAAUUUUACACAAUAUAAUCUAAAGUGGAUGUGACCACAACAUUUCCACUGAGAAUGAAUGUUUCCUAUUGUUUCUUAAAAUUGUUUAUUAAGAAAUAAAUAUUUAAGCGUACAGUUAAAAGUCAGAGCUGUUAUAGUGAGUAGCGUCUCCUGAAACAUUUCGUCAAGAACUUCCGUUUGACUACGGCUGCUGGUAAUGGAAAGAAUUUCAAUACAGACGAACUUCAUCUAAGUAGAUCUGGGAACAAUGCUAUUUAAACAACGGGCAUCAUUAAAUUAAUGGGACAGGAAAAAUGAAUCCAAGGAUAAUUAAUUAGCUAGAUACUGAUUAAUUUAAAUCUCAGACAUUUCUUUGAUCUAUUGACCAUUUUUCUUCUCCUGUCAAAGAAGAAUUUCUGUUGCCAGUUUUGACAGAUAAUAAUAAAGCUUUUCUAUCUACUCUAUUCUAUUCUAGUCCAGUGUAGUGAAGCACAGCCUAGCCUAACCUAGCGUAGCCUAACCUAGCCUUGCCUUGUCUCACCUUGUCUAUUUUUCCUGAGCUGCUCUUGAACAUUGACUAUGAACAAAUUUUUUAACCAAAACUAUUAGCGAUUAUCUGUCAUCUUGAGUUGGCCUAUUAUGUGAAAUCACCAUAAAACGCAUUGAGAUCUGUGGUUGAAGCAUGACAAAAAUGUUGUCAUGUUUGUUGAAACAUGAGUUCAACAUCAUGUGGGAAAACAUGAUUGUUUUCCCACUUGUUUGUGGGAAAACAAGUCAGACAUGUCCAACCCAGAUCUUUCUAAAUCAGUUUUCCUUUUACAUUUCAGUUCAUCCCAAAUAUCACAGUACUGGUCAAAACUUCUGUUUCUUUUAGGACCUGCUUGCCACCUGCCCUGCUGAAUAAAGGCCAAGAGAGGAAGUGUUUAUUUUCCAUGGCCUGUAAACUGGGCCAAGCCACCAGCCAUCUGUCUGCCAGGUGGACGGUCAGGAGCCGCCGCCGCCGCCGAUGGAGACCAGACUAGAGCUGGAUGUGUUGAUAUACCCUGAUGAGGUGAGGGUCGCCACCCCGGAGGACCUCAGGCAGUGGGACCUAGAGACAGCCAGCCAGGUCUCCAUCCCCACCGUUCGACUCUUUGUGGCGCUUUACCCGUACAACCCGGCCGCCAUGUCUCCCAACCCCGACACGGCGGCGGAGGAGUUGCCCUUCGUGCCUGGCCAGAUCAUCAAGGUGUUUGGAGACAAGGACUCAGAUGGUUUCUACCAUGGAGAGUCCGGUGGUCUCUCCGGCUACGUGCCAAGCAACAUGGUGGCUGAAGUCCCAGUGGACGACGAAUACCUGAAGCACGUUCUCAUGCAACAGGGUUUUCUGCCUGUGGACCACGCAGGUAUGUCUUUAACACCAGAGCUAAGCGAUGCUGGCAGCAUUCGCGAAGAUGUGAUCGUUAGAAGAAUGGUGGCCUUAUUCGACUACGAUCCGUGGGAAAACUCCCCCAACAUGGACAGUGAAGCCGAACUGGGCUUUCGAUCUGGAGACAUCAUCUACGUGUUGGGUGACAUGGAUCAAGACGGUUUUUACUUUGGAGAUCUUCACGGAAGACGAGGUUUAGUUCCCUCAAACUUCCUGCAGCCCCUACCCUGGAAUUAGACGCUGUGCUAACACCUCUGCUACUAAUGCCAACUCACAUACACAAUCAAAUCAGCAGCUUUCACUGAGAAAAUGUAAAUAUGUGUAUAUAUUUUUAUUUUUUAUGGUAGCGUUGCAUUAUGUUUUCUGUAGAAGGCCUUCAAAGUAUGACACGUAGCUCACCACAACAAUCAGGAUGAUGAACAAUGAAGAGAAACAGGUUAUAGGAUAAGAUUUUUUUAUUGAUCAUUUUAAAGAAAAACUCCAACUCACCUUAUAGGGAGAAAAAAAGACAACUUUUAAAACCAAGUUUUAUUUAAUCAAGAAUAUAUUUUUUUGUAAUCCAGCAAAGUCACUUGACGGAUGUCCGGUGACUUCUAGCCUUAAAAGUAUACACUUUUAGUCACAGCAUUGUGCAGACCAGAGUGUAUGAAUCUAGUUUGCCUUAUAUUGUGUUCAUCUGCUUUCUGUAACAUGUUUAAUCUCUGAGGCAAGAGGCAAUAAAUAACAUUUUAAAUCAUUCAUAUAAAAGACAAAAAAGCUCAGAAAAUUGAGUUAAAGCAACAACCGCAAGAUCAUGCUUCCAUCUAAAGAUCAGAGUUAAUCAUCUUCUCAAUAAACAUUAUCAAUAUUAACAUCAAUCUGUUCGUUAAUAGAACAUUGUACAAAGUGUAAACAGGUUCAAAUCAAGCGCAUGAACUUCGACAUCAUCCGACUUGGUUCUUCUUUCACUCUCCUCUGCAGCUAACAGUAUACUCAUCCAUAAAGUAGGAAACACUACACUAUGUAGUGAAGUUUAGUAGUGCUUUCUACUUUAUGGGUGACAACACUGUAUUUCAGUAGCUUCUGGGCGCUCCCGCUCAAACUCUGAAGAACGACGGCGAUGGUGAAGGUGAAGGUUGUUUUCCACAAAUUUCCAAUUCAAUAUCAUUCAACAACAAAACAAAACUACCGAAGCUUAGUGUAAAAUCUUAUUGAUAAUGAAGCAUUUUAAUGUAAAACGAGACAAAACGGUAAAAAAAAACACCAAGUUUCUCGAUGCUUAGAUAAACCUACUUGUCAAGAUCUUACCAGCGUUUCGACUUCUGAAGAAGAGAGGAAACCCAGAAGUGAGCGCGAUCUUUUUAUUAACCCUGUAUGAGCCACGUGGUCAACACAGGAAAAGCUCACACACGCACCCGCACAUGCGCGCGCACACACCCACACUUGUGGUUAGCAUGCUGAACUGUCUGAACACAUCCUUAAAGCUUAAAUAAAAGUUAAU